AUGGGUAACCAAAACAAUAUUCAUAUCAGACACAAUAAAAAAAUUCUUCGUCAAUCCCAAAAAAAUCAAGUAAGUCAGUUUUACAUUGCAUGUAGAAAUGGUGAUAUUGAAACUGUUAAACAAAUUUUAUCAACUACACCAUACGAACAAAUAAAUCAAUUAGAACCUAAUGGAAGUACAGGUCUGCAUGCAGCUUCAUUCUAUGGGCAUACAGAUAUCGUUCGCCUUCUUUUACUGGAGUAUGGUUGUGAACGCCAUCGACUUAAUUCUUAUGGUUUGACUGCUUAUGAGGAAGCAACAACACAAGAAAUUCGACGGUUAUUUUAUCGUGCAUCACAUAUGAAUCGGUUUCAUGAUGAACACAAUACUUUCAGAAAUGCAUUCGCGAUUGUUUCUUCAUCUAACGAGAUCCUUGCCGAUAACUAUGAAAACAGUGAAAAAAUUAAUAAAUAUAUUCAACGUUUUGUAACAAAGGAGGAAAUUGACAAAGAAAGGAUUGAGCUUAGUCAAAGUCAAAAGCUUCUUCAAACACGAUUUGGACGCUAUAUUAUUCGAAAAGUAUUAAAAUAUCAAGGUUUCGAUGAUGACAGACUCAAUAAAUAUAUAACAGACAAAGCAUUUAGAAUACAAGCAAUACAAAAAUUAAUCGAUGAAAAAGUGACGCCAAUACAUUUGGAUUAUAAAAAGUGUUCUCAACUUCUAUCAAACUAUGCUCAGUAUGAAAACAUAGAUGAUUUAUUAAAACUUUACACACUAGAAACACCAUUUUACUAUCAAUUACGAGAUGACUUUUUACCUUUUUUUUGGCCUUUAAUAUUGGAAAAGAAUUUAAAAUAUCGACGUUUUCAAGGUGUGUCGUAUCGUGGUGUAACUAUGACUAAUGAUGAUUUAGAAUGUUAUCGAUUGGCUUGGAAUAAUCCCGAAAGCAUUAUUGAAACACUAACACUUUCAUCAACAUCAUUGGAUCGAUCUAUUGCUGAAGAGUUUGCUGAAUCACAGUCAACAACAUCACCUAAUAAAAUACGUACAUUAAUGAUAUUUAAUUUUCCUCGAGCAUGCGAUCAAGCACUAUAUUUAGGUAAAAUGCCUAAGUACAAUCUUCCAUGUGCAUCCGAAUACGAAGAUGAACAAGAAAUAUUAAUUGUACCGUUUACAACGUUUCAUGUAGAAAAUAUUCAAAUUAAUUCUGAUGAACAUCAUACAACAGUAAUUACAUUAAAAAAUAUUCCUCUUGAAAAAUUAUCCUUAUCUGCGGCAUCAAAAUUAUUACUUAAAGAAGGUACACAAGACUACAGUUAUUUGUUACAAAAAGUUGGGUUUUGA